UAGCUAGGGGACUCCUACCCGCCUACUACCACCCAUCGCAGUACCAACACCCAGACCUGGCGCUCUCUGCUGCUCCCGGCACUCACCCAGAAUCCUCCAACCAACCAACCAAAGUUCCUCCCAUACUACCCGUCCAGAAGUCUCAUCACCACUAACACCCCCCAAAAAAUCCCUUCCCAGCGAAAUCUUCGCGUCGUGUCCUCUGCAUCCCAUAACAACACAACCCCAUCCUUUUCAUCAUUUCUGAGCGAUUUUUUCCAUCUGGAUGACUUCGCUCAAUCCACUCCCCUUAAUUUUAGCGCGUUAAUCGGAUGCUGUGUUCCCCGAAAUAGACUCCAUGCUCCGUGACGAGCUUCUCCGGUCUAAGAAAGAUGAGAUCGCACGUUGUUUGUCGUCGCGGAAGCGCAAACUGAGCGAGCUCUACUUUGCGACCGUAGGCUUCGCGGGCGCGACCGAGAACGCUCCGGCGGACUCGCUCUAUCACCACAAGGAACAGGCGUUCCUCGACGCCAACGACCUCUCAAAAGGUCGUUAUUUCAAUCCAGCUACACUCCCACCAUUACCAGACUAUGCGUCCAUUUUAGCGCGCAAAGCCAGGGAAGCAGAGGAGACAGCUGCGGCGACACGAUCGGUGCCAGCGGAAUUGACUGCUAAAUCUCACGAUGCUACGGCCUCCGUCCCGCAAUUGGGAGCCCAGAGUGCUGCUGCGCAGGCUAUUGCCAAUGAUGUUGAGCGCCAGCCGAAGUAUCAGAAAGUAACAGAACAGAGACCUUCUGAUCAUGAGCCUGAGCACCGAGUGACAACUAGUCAAGUCGCGCCUGCUAUCGCAUCUCAGGUGUCCCAAGUGCCUGAUGUUUCGGCUCCUGCAAUAGCGCAUCCCGCGCAGCCAUCAGCUACUGACAACAAGAUGUCUACAGUGACAACGGAAGCACAUCCAAAGGUCUAUAGCAAUGGCAUCGCCGAAGGUAGUGCAUCCCCAGCCCAGGCACAGCCAAAGCCCAAUGUGGAUGCCCGGCCAUCUGGAACUCCAGACCUUCCGUCCGCUCAAAGGAAGGAUGGUAUACGGCCUUCCCUCGCUCAGGGCCGGCCCGCCCAGGUUCCUGAGCAGCCACUCUCCCCUGUUUCUUCAGCUGGGCCUUAUUCCAAUAAUACCCCGGUGCCAGUCCCCGUUUCACCUGCUACCAGCCCUGCGGAGGAGAUGAAUGAUGCGCCCCACAAGAUUCCAAGCCCCAAAGAUGAAGAGGCAGUCAAGGCACCGCCUAGCUUGGUGCCUUCCACACCUGAUGAGCAACUUCGCCUGGAAGAGGCUCAAUCACUCCAACAGAGCAAUCUGGCUGCGGUUAAGACAAGUGCGGACGAGGUUGACGGAGGCACUGUCACGAGCGAGGUCAUCCAGGAAAAUGUUGUGACGUCGCCGGCUGACGUCAAAGAAACGCCGAAAGAAACGCCCGAGCUGGCACCGGCUCUUCCGUCAGUCGAUCAUAAGAGGCCUGACGGAGUUAUUGAGACAACCGAUGAGUUACGGCCUUCCACACAAGCCGGGUCUGCACCUCAAGCUGAGGCCAGCAGCGAGGUGCCUAUGGAAACAGCUCCAGUGCUAAAGAAACCGACGCCCCCAGCCCAUCCGGUACCGUCUCCACCAGAAAGAAUGACAACAAGGGUCUCCUCUGGCGCUAUCAGACACAAAUCUGUUUCCGAGAUUCUGGGAGAACCUCCAAAGACGCCCGUCUCGCCUUCGGACAAGGGAACUCUGCCCGAGAAGCCUACAGAAUCAGCACGGGAUGUGUCCACUGCGACCCCUGACUCUGCAGCCAGGAUGCGGUUUAAAGAUCGGAAAGCGCGUGAGAAAGAGAGGACUAAAUUGUCUACCGUCGUAUUCCCAAAGCAGCAACAACAACCACAGAUCCAAGAGAAAAGCGAGUCUAUGGAAUUGGUCCGGCAACACGCUGGUGAUCUUGCCAAGAUCAAUGAAGAACAAGACUAUCUUUUCACCCUCUUCCAGAAUCGAGCAUACGCACCUCCCCGGGGCACAAGUCUCAGCACACUUCUCGCAUCAGCCCACAAGACCUUAACUACUUCCAACCACUUCCUUGAUUACCAGGAACAAAUGGAUUGUCGUACCUUGCGCCGGAUCUAUUCCCUCCAAAAUGCGAAUCGAUGGCCCUUGCGCCAGUUGAAACGUUCAGUUGAACCACCUCGAGAGGCAACACAUUGGGAUGUUCUUCUGGAUCAUGUAAAGUGGAUGCGCACUGAUUUCCGUGAAGAGCGGAAGUGGAAGAUUGCAGCUGCAAAAAGCUGUGCUGACUGGUGUGCGGAGUAUGUUAACAGUGACCCCGAGCAUCGGUCACUGCUCCGCAUUCAAGUAAAGACCCCAUCACUGAAGAUUGAAGCUAAAUCCAGCAUGAUUUCGCCACCUGAAGAAGCAGGUGAUGAAAUGGCGGCAAUAUCUCACCCUACACCAGAUCUAGUGCCCUCCACCGAGGAGGAUUCUGUUAGUGAAGGAUUCAACGAUGAGCCGCGCCACGAUCUUCAUGACACAGUUGCACCAGCUGCGAUCUUCUCCCUUGGUACCGACGAGUUCACGUUCUCACUGGACAUGACGGCGGCAGCUCGAGAGAUCCUUGAUAAUCUGCCAACAUACACACCUGUCACUAUUUCUCCAGACACGAACUUGCCUGCAUUCAAAGAGCCACCGGACUCUGUAUGGAAAACCGAGAUCCUGCCCGUUUCGAAAUACGCGUCGGGCAAAAUCACUUUCCAUGACGACGAACCACCUCCCAAGCGUAGCCGCUACGACUACUCACAGUACCAAUCAGAUCCCGAGCAAGCCGUGCUGGAUUUGCCGCCAGAACAAACCAAUGUCGCAUUGUUCCGACCUGAAAACAGACAUAUACGUGAUAGAAUUCAUCCAGGUCAUUCAUUUCGCCCCCCGACUGAGCAUCCUAUGCCCUCCGUUGGCUUCUUUGAAUCUAGACAGUCGUCUCAGUGGACAUAUGCAGAGGAUGAUGAGCUACGGCGCUUAGUCAAGGAGUACUCAUACAAUUGGUCUCUUAUCUCCAACUGUCUCACACCGUCAUCACAGUUUACAUCAGGAGCAGAAAGGCGGACCCCCUGGGAAUGCUUUGAACGCUGGGUCGGUUUGGAAGGCUUGCCAGCCGACAUGUUUAAGACACAGUAUUUCCGUGCUUAUCACCAAAGGCUUGAGGCGGCACAGCGAACUGUACUAGCGCAACAACAAGCGGCCCAGCAACAACAACAGCAGCAGCAGCAGCAACAACAGCAACAACAGCAACAACAGGGCAACAACAGCAAUCCGCAGUCAGUACCCCAAGUUCGAAGGCGGACGACGCAACCUGUCAGGGUCGAUCGCAAGAGAUCCUCUAAGCACCUUGCAUUGCUUGAUGCCAUGCGUAAACUGGCUAAGAAGCGAGAGACCAUGCUCCAGAAGCAGCAACAUGCCUCGCACUUGGCAUCGUUACGGAAAGUUAACGAAGCAAAUCAACCGAAACCUCCAAUUACGUCGCCCGCUGAAUUCAGCCGACUCAAGUACGAGCGUGAAUUGAAGCUUCAGGAGCGGCAAGAACAAUACCGGCAGCAAAUGAUUGCCCAGCAAAGAGUAUGACCGUGUUUCUCUUUUCGUGCACUCUAUUCUUGACUAACAUCUAUGCUUAAGGCGAACCUAGCAGCCCAACGUGCCGGGCAAAUACCUAACCAGCAGCCGAUGAUGAAUGCCCCAGGAC